CGCUUCAGUUAGCGGCCAUGUAUCUGCGGCUUGUGAUAUUACGGCGGAUGGGGGAGUUGUACAGUAAAAGUGGGCGGGGUCAUCGCAGCUGAGAAAGAUGUCACAAACAUGAAGGACAGAAACCAGCGUUAGCGACCCCGAACUCCGCCGCUGCCCGUUGUGUCGAUCUGACCGGGAUGGACUUCGUCUUGAGCGGCGUGGCGGCCUGCGGAGCGUGUCUCUUCACCAACCCGCUGGAGGUCGUCAAGACGCGGAUGCAACUUCAAGGGGAGCUGAAGAGCCGCGGCACCUACCAGGUUUACUAUCGCAACGUUUUCCACGCUUUCUACACUAUCGGUAAAGUGGACGGACUGGCCGGCUUGCAGAAAGGGCUGGUCCCCGGACUGUUUUAUCAGUUCUUCAUGAAUGGAGUCCGGCUCGGCUCCUACGCCAUCAUGGAGUCGGCAGGUUACAUCCACACCAACGGAAGGGUCAGCGCGGUGAAAACCACGUUAGCGGGAGCUAGUGCUGGGGUGGUGGGCGCCGUCAUGGGCAGCCCUGUGUACCUGGUGAAGACUCAUCUGCAGAGUCAGUCUACCUCCUCCAUCGCAGUGGGACAUCAGCACAGACACGAGGGGAUGAUCCAUGCUCUCAAAGUCAUCUACAGGCAGCACGGCAUUCUGGGACUGUGGAGGGGCUCCAGUGCUGCUGUACCAAGGGUCAGCGUAGGCUCUGCAACCCAGCUCUCAACUUUCUCCUCCUCUAAGGAGCUAGUCGUCGACCUAAAGGUUUUCCCGCAGGACAGCUGGUUGGUGCCUCUCAGUGCCGGCAUGAUCAGCAGCGUGAUGGUGGUGCUGGCGAUGACGCCUUUCGAUGUGGUUAGCACGCGGCUCUACAACCAGCCUGUCGACCAUUCGGGAAAAGGGCAGCUUUACAAGGGAUUCAGUGACUGCUUCUCCAAGACUCUGAAAAAGGAGGGCCUCACAGGACUCUACAAAGGCCUGGGAGCCUCUUAUUUCCGACUCGGCCCACACACCAUUCUGUCCCUGUUCUUCUGGGAUGAGCUGCGCAGAUUGUACCAGAAGCUCAGAUAACAUCAGGGAAUCCAAAAAAGAAAAAGGGUAACUCAUUGUGCAGAGGUGAAAUGAAUCUUCAAUCAGGGAGGCAGAGGGGAAAAACUAGGAGAUUAUCUGUUUACUUAUUUUUACUGCAAAGGAGCGAAGGUUGCCUUCAAAACUCCCCUGACAAAACACGUUAAACUUGAAAUACGCAGAAAAUUAGGUCUGAAACUUCACCCAGAAGCUCAAUCAUUAAUGGAACCGUCUUGAUUUCUCUCAUUGCUACGUGUGAACACACGCAGUAUGUCGUAUAGGGCAAACACGUCAUACCCCUUAUGACUCUAAUUACAUCAUUCCAAAGCAUUUCAACUGUGCACUAUAUGCGUUAUGGAGAAAGCAUCACAUGAGCCCAUGUUGCAGCCAAAUCAUGUCUACCGUCUGAAUAGACUUGUGACCCCGUCUGACACGCAGUGUAAUGUUGAAACAUGCUUUAAUUGCUGAGGGAAAAUCUCUCCUCGGUGCAAGUGCUGCUUGUUAAACCAGAAUUUCUUGAAUUUGUUAGAGUUUCUGAAGAGUUCGUGAAUGAAGUGCAAAUAAGAAAGAAUUGUUAUGUUAAGUGGUCAAAUAAAAAAGAAACUUUCGUAGAAACUAGAGGCUAAACUCUGAUUCGUUGCAGGAUUGUUAGUGGGGGCGGGGGGUAAAAAAUGACAGAAAAGUCAUUUUGAAGUGUCCACAGUGGGAGAAGUAAAACAGAUCCCAUGCUGAUCCAGGGAAAUUUUUAAAACGGGAACUGAAACUAAAAGAAAUGUGUCUUCCCUUUUUCCAUUCUCAGGGUGCUGUGUUUCCUGGCUACCUCUUUUAUACAUUAUAAAAUCAACAAAUUUCACUGAGGCGAAAAGCCAUGAUGUGUAUUAUUAACAGAAAGGACCAAGAGUUGUAUAAACUCUGUCAAAGAAACAAAAGUUGCUGGAAAAAAAUGUGAUUGAGUGAUAUAGGUUAGGUUUUUAUGUCUCUGUGUCAUGCAGCAUCAGUAUUUAUUAUACUUCGCAAAAACAGAAGCACAGAGUCGCAUGUGAUAGUUUGUUAUGUUUAGGUUCACUUAAGAGUUAUGUCCUGAAAAUCUGAAUCCAGCAGCACAAGUAGUUUCGUUUUUUCAUCAGUCAGGUUCAGUUUUUCUCUAAUAGUCCAGAUAACUAUUACAAUGUCUAAAAUGGCUUAUUUAAAUUAAAAAAAAAACAUUUACAAAUCAGUUCCAUUUGUUUUCCAUUUCUACAUAAGAUAUUCAAAUUUUCUGGCCAUUCAGGCUGAAAUCCAAGGAUCAUUUUUGAUUUAAGAGUUUUAAAACUUUGCAACACAUUAAACACAGUUUCUUGGCAGGAAUGGUUGUGGCUCAGUUUAUGUGAUGUAGCCAUUCAAUUAUUCUUUAAAUUAUGAAAAUAUGAGGUUUUGGUCAUUGACGUUAGUAUAAGUGGCAUCUGUUGGUGAUUUUUUUUUUCUUUUUUCUUUGUAGCAGAUCGAGUACAGGCGUCCAGUUUUUGAGGUUUAUGAUGCAGCCUGACUUUUAUCAGAGAAGUUUAAUAAUGUGAAUUCAUAACAGCUGUGAACACGUUGCAUGUUUGUUAACCCUGAGCACUCAGCAUAUUAUUAUAUACAGUUAAGCUUAGGAUGAGUUCAAUCAGGAAGUCGGUGAACAGGAACAAAGUUAAAUUUGAGUUUAAGGUUCUCAAAUUGCCAAUGGUGAUGAAUGGACUUUUAUUACUAAAUUCUUGUUUUGCAUAACCAGAGCAUGAUUUUCAUUUUAGCGUAAAACCUUGUUUUCCUGUGGAUGGAAUUGUUUCGUUACAAUUUUUCCAGAUUUUCAGCAACUUUUCUGAGUACUUUUAAAAAUGCCUAAACACUUGCAAGUUAGGAGACUUAUUUUUGUUACUUAAAGGUAUAUUUAAUAUGAUGCAAUAAUGAUUUUUGUGCCUUAAAAGUUCAUCCAGGGCAUAAGUGACCAUCCACUCAUCCAUUCACUCUGUUCAUCCUUGGGUCGGGUCAGCAGGGGGAUAGAGCCUGUCUCCAGCAGUCAUUGGGCGAGAGACAAGUUGGACCUAAGUUGUCCACUUUUUUUAUUUAAGUGACAUUUCCUCUUUUUGUUACAGAUUAAAUAACAGCUAGAAAUUUAGCAACUUUUUAAAACAAAAGUUUUGUUAAGCUGUCAUCCACUCACCUUUAUUAUCCAGUCUGUUUCACUACCUCCAGCAUCAUCAGAACAACUCUCAUCAUGCUUUAUCCUCUGAGGAAGGGUUUCCAAAGCAGAUGUCUCAUCUGUCAGGCAGAUUUGGUGCUUUCUUGCUAACAUGAAGGUUACAGGUGGUUACAGGUAGGGGUAGCCGAUAAAUCGACCAGCCGAUAAAUUGUGGAUUUCUUCGGCCGGUACUUAAAUGUGAAGCAGUGCUUAUCCACCGAUCUUAUCUACCUCAGCUGCUGCGCGCCUGUGAGAGCUGCCAAAAAUUGGAAUCGGCAGGUCAGGCUUUUUAAAGAUCGGCGAUCGGCCAGAAAACUCCCGUCGGCGCACCCCUAUCUCCAAGAGUCAUAAAUGUAAUGAGCUGUUUGUGAAAGGAAGCAGGAGGUAGACUGAGAUUUGUUGAAGUAAAUUAGAUUUCUGGCCAUUUUAUGCGAAGCAGACCUAUUGCCAUUUUCUCUACUUUUAAAAAGUAGCUUGGCUGUAUCACUCAGAGCUUUUUUGAGACUAUGAAUGAUUCCCUGUGAGGGCUCUUUGUGUAUGCAAGACUAUGUAUUAAUAUUUUGUUUAGCAGAAUUGUGUAAAUGAAGACCAGUGUGUUACAUACCUUUUAAAGACAAUAUGAAAGAGUAUUUGCAAAACUUGAAGCAUUUCUGACCAGACAGGAUCACAGUCUAACAUAUUAUAUCUAUGUUCCAUUUUAAAAAAAUACACUGAGCUAUUAUUAAGAGCAUGCUGACAAAUCAUACCAUUUGCUUUUAUGCCGUAUUGCUGAGAGCACCUCGACUUAAAGGUUACACUUCUGUCUCCUCUUGACAUCUGUAGCAUCCAGCGUAAAAAUGUACAAAAACCUUAUAAUUUAGGUUCACCUCUUUGCUAUUUGGCAGCAGUACAAUCUCACACAGAAAAAGAACAAACUCCCACCUUUAAGUUAGCCUUGCUAAAAUGGACAGUCAGUACAACGAUGGAGACAGUUAAAAUUAUUCUGUGACAAAUUUCUCAGGGAGAAAUGAUAUUAGUCAUUAGGCUUUGUACGAAUAUUUGUCAAGGGUACAAACAAAUGUGGAGGCUGCUAUUCAUAGAGCCGAGCUGUUUUGGUUGUAAUGUCGUAGAUGCAGUCUUGAGUACUAUAAUCCAGCGUCUUAAUCCUUAAUCCCCAUCGUGAAUGUCUGCUUGAUCUCGAUCGUGGUAGUCUAAAAAUACACAUCGCAGCAGUGGAGGAAGAAGGUCAAAAUGAACCUCUACGAAAACUAAAACUUUCAAUCAAGAAGUCAGGAUAUUGUGCCAACUUGCUUAAUAAAAGAGCAAAUGUUCCUCUUUUAAGGUAUUUUGCUUGUUUUACGUGCAUUGUUGCAAAGACGUAAAAAUACUCCAUUCACACAAAAUGAUUUUGUCUGAAACAUUCAUUCAUAUGACAGAUGCGUCUCAUGUAACGUAGACAAAGCAGAGAGUUUUCAGUCAAUGUGUAACAACAGACUUGUCUAUGUUCUCGUGAUGAUGGACAUGCAGAGCAAAUAAAGGAUUUUUGUAUUGA